AUGUCCCAGAUAAAGGAUGAAAAUUCAACUUCCACUGAAAGUGGAUCCCGUUCUAUUCUCUCCCAAAAUUCAAACAAGUAUGACAAAAAUGAUUUAGAUAAUUUCGAGAAACAAGAAACUACACAAGCAGAAAUGCCAAAAAAACCUGCUUCUGCAUAUAUUGUUUCAUCAAUUUUGUGUUUAAUGAUUGCUUUUGGAGGUUACGUUUAUGGUUGGGAUACUGGUACAAUUGGUGGUUUCUUAAAUCAUAUCGAUUUCCAAAAAAGAUUUGGUCAACAACAUGAUGAUGGAACCUACUAUUUCUCAAACGCAAGAACUGGUUUAAUUGUUUCUAUUUUCAAUAUUGGUUGUGCUAUUGGUGGUAUUGCAUGGUCUAGAAUUGGUGACAUAUGGGGUAGAAGACUCGCAUUAGUUUGGGUUACUAUCGUUUAUAUGGUUGGGUUAGUUAUUUCUAUCACUGCAACAGACAAGUGGUACCAAUACUUUAUUGGUAGAAUUAUUUCCGGUGUGGGUGUUGGUGGGAUUGCUGUAUACUCUCCAUUAAUGAUCUCUGAAGUAUCUCCAAAGCAUCUUAGAGGUACUUUGGUCUCAUGUUAUCAAUUAAUGAUCACCUUAGGUAUCUUCCUUGGUUAUUGUGCUAAUUAUGGUACGGAACACAGUUAUAAGGACUCUAGACAAUGGAGAAUUCCACUUGGGUUAGGUUUUGCUUGGGGUUUAUUUAUGAUUGCUGCUAUGUUAUUUGUCCCAGAAUCUCCACGUUUCUUAAUCGAAGUUGGUAGAAUGGAAGAUGCUAGAAUCUCCGUAGGCAGAUCUAAUAAAUUACCUGCUGAUGAUCCUACUGUAAUUGCAGAAGUCGAAUUCUUAGCUGCUGGUAUCGAAGCAGAAAGAGCUGUAGGAAAUGCCACCUGGGGUGAAUUAUUUUCUACUAAAGGUAAGGUUUUACAAAGAACUAUUAUGGGUGUCAUGAUCCAAACUUUACAACAAUUAACAGGUGCUAAUUACUUCUUCUACUACGGUACUCAAAUUUUUGCAUCUGUUGGUUUACCAGAUUCAUAUGAAACUGCUAUCAUUAUUGGUAUUGUGAACUUUGCUUCAACUUUCCCUGCUUUCUAUGUGGUUGAUAAAUUUGGUAGAAGAACUGGGUUAUUGUGGGGUGCUGCUGGUAUGAUUUGUUGUUUUGUUAUUUUCGCAUCAGUUGGUGUCACCAGUUUAUAUCCAAAUGGUAAAGAUCAACCAUCCUCUAAAGGUGCUGGUAACUGUAUGAUUGUUUUCACUUGUUUCUUUAUUUUCUGUUUUGCUACAACUUGGGCCCCAACUGCUUAUGUCAUUGUUUCUGAAUCAUUCCCAUUAAGAGUCAAGGCUAAAGGUAUGGCCUUAUCUAUUGCCGCCAACUGGAUCUGGAACUUCUUAUUAGGUUUCUUCACUCCAUUCAUCACUGGUGCAAUCAACUUCUACUAUGGUUAUGUCUUCAUGGGUUGCUUAUGUUUUGCUUGGGUUUAUGUUUUCUUCUUUGUUCCAGAAACUAAAGGGCUAUCUUUGGAAGAUGUUAACAUUAUGUGGGAAGAAGGGGUUUUACCAUGGAAAUCAAGCAGAUGGGUACCACCAACUAAGAGAGACGAGUCUUAUGAUGUUGAAGCCAUGGCUAAUGAUGAUAAACCAUUAUAUAAAAGAAUGUUGGGCAAAUAA